GAAAAUCAUUCUUUCAUCCAUUUAAGAAGAAACUGAGAAAAUUGGCCGCCGGAGAAUGUGCCCUAAGCCACAGCUCACGCGUCUCUGCAACCUCCUCGGCGAAUCCAUUCGUUCUUUUCAAUUCUGUGGCCGAUUCUCACACUGACGAAGAUAAAGAUGCCGUUCUGAUACCUCUAUCUAAGACAAGUUAAGCAGUGGGUGGAUGAAUGCGAUUCCGAAUCUCUUGGUGCUGGUGAUUGUUCUGGUGCAACAGCUUCAUAUUUGGACAAUCGUCAUUGCUUGGCUACAGUCAUUGGUGACUUGGUGAGGCGUUCUUCUCCUCUGCCAACUCAUUGUUUCACUGCUCCAAAGUUUAUUUGCAGGCUAAUUUCACUAGCUUGAAGUUCUGUGCCAUAGAUGUUUGUGCUGUCUAUCGACAGCCAGUUUGUUCGGCAACUAGCAGGGAACACGCUCGCGGCCAUUUCUGAGUUAGUUCUUGCGACAGACAGUGGUUGGGAUGAUUUCGUGCAUUUGAUGUGCCUUUGUUUGGAAUUGGCUAUCCGUAAUUGUCUUCCUUCUGCUUCAAGUCCUUGUCCGGCAGAAACCAGUUUUCUAGAAUUUGAGCAAUUCGCCCCAACAUCUCAGUUGAAGCUGAAACUGAAAAAUGCAGAUUCGUUUGUGGUGGCUACUGUUUUGCAAAGUCUCCGAAACAUACUGAAAAAUCUGAAGAGAGAUUAUGAUGAAAAACCUUUGACUGCAUAUCUCAAUUCUGUCAGCUCUCUAAUGUUAAAUUCACCCUGGGAUAUGUUUCUUGAGAUCUAUGUUGGUCAUAAUAUGGAAGCUCAUAGAGGAUCUAAAGCAGAUGUUGCAGCGCAAAUGGAGAUUACCCAACCCAGAGAGACAACAGUGCUCUUUGGAAAUUUCAUUCAGUUCCUGUGUUCCUUGGUUGCUUUAGAAUUUAAAUCUGUGGAAGACAAAUUUGGUUUUACGCCAGUCAUUUGCAAAAUCACUGACCUAGUCCCUAAGCUUCUAGCAUGGAGCCAUGCAGAGUUUCAAAGUCCUCAUCCUGCCCGCAUAUUUCAUUAUUUCAGGCAUAAAGUGCUGAUGAUAAUGAUCAAGCUUAGUUCUAGUGCUGACAUUGAGCAAGCUACGCUCACGACAUGGAUACAUCUACUUCAUAAGUACUGUGAAGAUCUAUUGUUACAACCAUUGUGUGGGAAUAAAUCUGAUCCGGAUGGUUCUCUGGAAGGCUCGCCAUUCUGCACGAGUUGUAGUGAUCUUGGAAAGCGAAGCAUGUCCUCUCGCCAUUUGCAAAGACUUGCUGUGUUCCUUUUCUUGAAGUGUUCCCUGAAUUUGAUGAAGGACACAAAUUCGAGUUCAGAAUGUGUAGAUCUAACAGAGAUCCAUAAAUGGAUUCAAGCCCACUUACCUGCGGAUAUGACUGCGAUCAAUGAAUCAUAUUUUGAUCGAUGCAUGAGGUUUAGUUUAUCCUUCUUCGAGCUAUUUAUGGAUGAGGAUGAUAUUCUGUUUGAAAUGCUCUUGGAACUGCUUCGCGCACCCUUUUCUCAUAAGCGUCCGGCUGUUGAAGACGAGCAGCUUGCUGGGGUAAAAACUCCGGCAGAUCCUGUUUCCGACUUGUUUCAUCCUAUCCAUCUGUUCCAUUUAUUUCUCGCUAAGAUACAUUAUGAUCAUCAAGUUCUUCUAGACUAUCUCAUUUCAAAAGACACUGGAUCAAGAUGCGCCGAAUAUCUAUUGAGGUCACUGCGGAUCGUCUGCGAUUCAUGGACCGUGUUCACGGAAUUUCCAGAGCUGGAAGAGAGUUCAGGUCAAUCAAGUCCAAAGGACCACAAAGCUAUUGCAGAAUGCAAAGAUACUAAACGAGCUCGAUUUCAUGAAAGUCAGACAGCCAGCAGAAACGAACCACACGCUGCUGCUAGAGAUUGUUUACUUUCGCUGCGAGCGUCUAUCAGCAAUCUUCACCAAAAGAAUCUGUUUCUGUAUAAUCCACAAGUGCUUCUGCGACGUUUGUCGAAGUUCCAGGAGCUCUGCGGAAAUCCGUAAAAUUUCUGCAAUGUUGCUGCCCUAUUGUUUCAAAAUCAAGAAGUAGGCACAUUUGUUUACGAUCUCAAGGCGUCGACAGCUUAUCAUCGUUUGAUCAGUGUUUGUGCUUCCUUCACUUGUUCUUCUCCAACUGUUUCUUCUUAGAACGCAUCGUUGCUUUGCAGAUCGUGUAGGAACAUCGAGCUUGGCCUCGGCAACAUCCUUGCGGCGCCAUGUCCAAUAUUUUGCUUGGAUGCAGCAAUGGGACUGGAUACUGAGGAUGCUGACAUAGAAAUUGAAGCAUCGAGAAAAAUAAAAGCAAUCCCGGCCGUCCGCCGGCAGGCCGUCGGACGGUCAGGCGGCGUGCUUCUGGGCGAUCUCAAGCAGACACUUGCAGAGGGCGUCAGGCUGUGUGAACAUCGGCAUAUG